AUGGCGAGAAGACUAACGCCGGAUCAUCCACUGGUGAUUGGGAGGGUGGUCGGAGAUGUAGUCGACAAUUUCACUCCGAGUGUGAAUAUGCUUGUAAUGUACAACUUAUCAAACCAAGUGUACAAUGGGCAUGAGCUAUUGCCUUCUUCUGUCACUAGUAAACCUAAGGUUGAUGUUAAUGGUGGUGACUUGAGAUCCUUUUUUACACUGAUAAUGACAGACCCAGAUGUUCCUAAUCCUAGCGAUCCAUAUCUCAGGGAGCACCUGCACUGGUAUUAUUAUAUAUUUAUUUAA